UUGCGAUAUGUCCGCUGAGUUCGCCGUAUUCUUGCGUGAACAAUGGAUUGUGCGCGUUAAAAGUGACGAAGCCUCCUGAUGUCCCCGUAAAAAUCAAAAUCGGAAUGCGCUGCGUGCCGUUAAUCCAGAGUGCGCCCGUUCGUCGCUUUUGAAUCAGUCGAUUGCGAUGCCCCUUAUAGGUUAUGAACAGAGCGCAGAGUGCCGCGACUGGUGUUUUGUUUGAUUGUUGGCGAGGAUGGCGUUGGGUUUCUCGGGUGUAACGAUUAGUUGUGCCUCGGUGGUGUUGUGAGAGGUGACGGACCAGGUAUUCAGCGAGACCCAGACCAGAGGAGGACCGUCGGCCGGCAGGAUGUACCCCGCUCCUGCUCGACACCCAUCUGCCGCGGGACCGCCACCACAAGGUGGCCAGAUCAAGUUUACAAUAGCCGACACGCUGGAGAGGAUAAAGGAAGAGUUCAAUUUCCUUCAAGCGCAAUAUCACACGUUAAAAUUAGAAUGUGAAAAAUUAGCUAGCGAAAAGACUGAAAUGCAACGGCACUACGUCAUGUACUACGAAAUGUCCUAUGGCCUUAAUGUGGAAAUGCACAAACAGACUGAAAUCGCGAAACGCCUAAACGCCAUCAUUGCCCAAGUGCUGCCCUUUUUGGCCCAAGAACACCAACAGCAAGUCGCGACUGCCGUAGAGAGGGCCAAGCAAGUCACCAUGACAGAACUUAACGCAAUCAUUGGGCAACAGCAACAACAAGGUCUACAACAGUUGCUUCAACAGAUCCACGCCCAGCAACUGCCCCACGGUGCCCAUGGGCCAGGUCUACCUAUGGGCCCCCAUCCAGGCCUACCGGGAAUGGGUCCCGCCGCAGCCGGCCUACUAGGAUUCGGCGCCGGACUGGCAGCUGGCGUUCCAGGAGCACCUGGGGGGCCGCAUCCCUCCGUAGCCGGGGCGGCUCACCCCUUGCUCAAGCCCACCGACCUACACGCUAGGGACUCCCAGGACCUGAAGAGGCCGGGCAGUACCAACGCUGAGGAAAGACUGAACUCCGUCUCGCCCGGGGACAGGGACAAGUACAGGUCGAGAUCACCCACGGAGGUCGAUCAGGUUGUCAAGAGGAGGAAAGACGACAAGCUGGGACACGAAAGCGAUGGUGAAAAAAGCGAUCAAGAUCUGGUUGUUGACGUAGCCAAUGAGGAAGCUUCGUCUCCUCACACAAAUGGCGAGCACGUUUCCCUGGGAAACCCCGGCGAGAUACGGGAGAACGGCAGCACCAACGGCGACAAGAUCAAGGUGGAGAGGCCCCCCAGCCGGAGCGGCUCAUCCUCGUCGCGAAGCACACCAUCCCUGAAAAGUAAAGAUGAAAAACCCCUGACCCCCGGUUCAAAGCCCCGAUCGACAACGCCGAAUCUCGGAGCUGGACCCGCUGGGAGUGGCCCUAAAGUGGGGCAUGGUCAGUACCCCCCGUAUCCCCUGGCGGGAGCCCGGGGGCCUGACCACUUGAGUCCCUACAACAACGUCGCCCCCUCCCCUUACGGUCGACCCCCCAUGAUGGGCUACGACGGGCAUCCGCACUCCAGAGCGCCCGGCAUCGCCACCAACGGCAUGGGCGCCAUACCCGGAGGAAAACCGGCUUACUCGUUUCAUAUGAACGGUGAAGGGCAGCUUCAACCUGUUCCAUUCCCUACCGAUGCCCUUAUAGGACCCGGGAUCCCCCGCCACGCGCGACAGAUUAACACUUUAAGUCACGGAGAGGUUGUUUGUGCAGUCACCAUCUCUAACCCCACCAAAUAUGUAUAUACGGGAGGCAAGGGCUGCGUCAAGGUGUGGGACAUCAGCCAACCCGGAUCCAAGAGCCCCGUCUCGCAGCUGGACUGUCUGCAACGGGACAACUACAUCAGGUCCGUGAAGCUGCUGCCGGACGGCCGCACCCUGAUCGUCGGCGGCGAGGCCAGCAACCUCUCCAUCUGGGACCUGGCGAGCCCCACGCCCCGCAUCAAGGCGGAGCUCACCUCGAGCGCCCCCGCCUGCUACGCCCUGGCCAUCAGCCCCGACUCUAAAGUGUGCUUCAGCUGUUGCUCGGACGGCAACAUCGCGGUGUGGGACCUGCACAACCAGACUCUAGUGAGACAGUUCCAGGGGCACACGGACGGCGCCUCCUGCAUAGACAUUUCCUCGGACGGUACGAAACUGUGGACGGGCGGGUUGGACAAUACCGUGCGCAGUUGGGACUUGCGGGAGGGCAAACAGUUGCAGCAGCACGACUUCAGCUCGCAGAUAUUCUCGUUGGGGUAUUGCCCGACAGGCGAGUGGUUGGCCGUGGGGAUGGAGAACUCGCACGUCGAGGUGUUGCACGCCAACAAGCCGGACAAGUACCAGUUGCACCUGCACGAGAGCUGUGUUCUUAGUUUAAGGUUCGCGACCUGUGGGAAGUGGUUCGUCUCCACCGGGAAGGAUAAUUUGCUUAACGCCUGGAGGACGCCGUACGGGGCCAGUAUAUUCCAGUCGAAAGAAUCGUCGAGCGUUCUGAGCUGCGACAUCUCAACGGACGACAAGUACAUAGUGACGGGUUCCGGCGACAAGAAAGCGACGGUAUACGAGGUGAUAUAUUAAGAACUGCGAGGAGGGUGCGCGAUUGGGGGCCAGCAACAAGUGAAGUGUCCACGGCACGGAUGAACUUAAGUGAACAACCCACUUUUCUUAGAGAACACGGACUUGUAAAGCACGAUAGGGUCUUUUUUUUAACGUUUUGUGACACAUGACAAUUAUUUUAUCGAAAUCCCAUUUGUUGUAACAUAGGAAAGAGUAGGCGUACAUAUAUCGGAGGCCGUAGAGGGAGAACGGCGAAAAGGGUAAAAAAAAAACACAACAAGGACUACUAAUUAUUUAUGUUUUAAUUUUAGUAUGGCAAUGAAUAAUACUUGUUAUUUGUUUACAACUCAGAAUAUUGUUACAAUGUGUGUGAAUUUAGAUGUCCAGCAAACGGCACAAGUGAUUCAAUUCAAAUACUUAUUAGACUUUUCAUUACUUUCUUGAUGUUGUUACGAGGCAAAAGAUUACGUAGCAUAUUUUUCGUAAUUAAAUAAAAUUAUAUGACAAAUUUAAA